AUUUAUAAACCCCAGAGCGAGGUUCUGUGUGCCCGAGGCUGCUGCUGUGCAGAGACCUCCAGGUGAAGCCGCUGUCACCAUGUCUGAUCAGGAGGCAAAACCUUCAACCGAGGUUGGGGAUAAGAAGGAGGGAGAAUACAUUAAACUCAAAGUCAUUGGGCAGGAUAGCAGUGAGAUUCACUUCAAAGUGAAAAUAACACAUCUCAAGAAACUCAAAGAAUCAUACUGUCAAAGACAGGGAGUUCCAAUGAAUUCACUCAGGUUUCUCUUUGAAGGUCAGAGAAUUGCUGAUAAUCAUACUCCAAAAGAACUGGGAAUGGAGGAAGAAGAUAUGAUUGAAGUUUAUCAGGAAAAAACAGAGGGUCAUUCAGCAGUAUAGAUAUUCUUUUUAUUUUCUGUUUCUUUUGCCUCAAUCCUUUUUUAUUUUUAAAAAUAGUUCUUUUGUAAUGUGGUGUUCAAAAUGGAACUGAAUACUAGCACUCCCAUCUCUUUAAAACAUGUUAAUUUGAUUCUAGUGCUCAUUAUUGUCAUUUGUUUUCAUUGUGCUGAUUUUUGGUGAUCAAACCUCAGCUCCUUUCACAUUGCCCUCUCAUUUUAAAAAAUGACGUACAUGCACAGAGAGGCCACUUUUCAGGACUGCAAUUUUAGGUAACAUCGACCAAUUCGAGUGUUCACAAAGACUUUCCAAUUGGCCCUGAAGUUCUAGCAUGUGAUUGCUUCACUCCUGGACUAUGACUUUCAGUGGUAGAUGGAAGUUUUUCAUAAAACUGAACUGCGGGGGAAAUGACCUUUCCUUAACUUGAAGCUACUUUUUAAAGAUCUGAG